AAAAGCCGCCAGAAAGCGGAGCUUCCUCGCCUUUCGCUCUUUCUUUGGUUUGUCAGCUUCUCUUGUUGGUCAAGCUUCUCUUCUACAGUUCAGAUGUUAUACAUUAUAGGCCUUGGAUUAGGGGACGAAAGGGACAUUACUCUAAGAGGUUUAGAUGCAGUGAAGAAAUGUGAGAAGGUGUACAUUGAGGCCUAUACAUCUCUUCUAUCCUUCGGUCUUUCUACAGAUGGUCUAUCCACUCUGGAGAAAUUGUAUGGGAAACCAAUUAUACUUGCAGAUAGAGAAACGGUUGAAGAAAAAGUAGACAAUAUUCUAUCAGAGGCUCAGGGAUCUGAUGUUGCUUUCCUUGUUGUCGGCGAUCCUUUUGGAGCCACGACGCACACGGAUCUUGUUGUUAGAGCAAAGACAUUGGGGGUUGAUGUCAAGGUAGUUCACAAUGCAUCCGUGAUGAAUGCAAUUGGAAUUUGUGGCUUGCAGCUAUACCGUUACGGGGAGACAGUUUCAAUACCGUUUUUCACCGAAACAUGGAGGCCGGAUAGCUUUCAUGAGAAAAUCGAAAGAAAUCGGAAUCUCGGAUUGCACACACUCUGCCUUUUAGAUAUUCGUGUAAAGGAACCAACAUUGGAAUCUUUGUGCAGGGGGAAAAAGCAAUACGAACCACCGAGAUUCAUGACAAUAAACAUUGCCAUUGAUCAGCUCUUGGAGGUUGAGCAAAAGCAUGGUAAAUCUGCAUACGACGAAGAUACGGAAUGUGUUGGGUUUGCUCGGUUGGGAAGCGAGGAUCAGAAGAUUGUUGCAGGAACGAUGAGACAACUCCGGACUGCUGAUUUCGGCGAACCUCUCCAUUGCCUGGUCAUAGUAGGCAAGACUCAUCCGGUGGAAGAAGAAAUGCUGGAGUUCUACAGGAUUGACGUUGAGAAACCGGAACAGAAAGACAACGGGAUCGUGUGAGUAAAAUGUGAUCUUUAACAGAAGCAUUUCUUCCUCCGGUGUGGAUUCACUUGCUUUUGUUUGCUUCCGGCUCUCAGUUCUCGAGCAUGUUCGGGAUCGAGAACAACAUAGUCAGAAUGGAACACAUUCAAACUGUAAUAUAUCAGUUUGAGCUGCUUUGUAAUACUAUCUGAUUUUUUGCAUUUUAAUUAUUAGAUAGUGACUUAAUUAAAUACAUGGUGAAAUUUAGAGUUUUAAAA